UCAGGCCAGGCUCUGAUCGACGCCAGCGAGGCGAUGAAGGAGCUCGGCGAGGUGAAGGACGCCCUGGACAUGGAGGUCAAGCAGAACUUCAUCGACCCGCUGCAGAACCUGCACGACAAAGACCUCAAGGAGAUCCAGCACCACCUGAAGAAGAUGGAGGGCCGGCGUCUGGACUUCGACUACAAGAAGAAGCGCCAGGGGAAGGGCGUCCAGGACGAGGAGCUGAAGCAGGCGCUGGAGAAGUUCGACGAGAGCAAAGAGGUCGCGGAGCAGAGCAUGUUCAACCUCCUGGAGAGCGACGUAAGGGCUCCGCUCACCUCCGCUGCAGCGCUGCAGCUAGCACAGGCGUGCAAAGACAACACAUCUGCCCAUUACUAGGGGUA